AUGGCUUCUUCAGCAGCUUCUUCUUUUUCUUCUUCUUUUACACAACAAUGGAGAUAUGAUGUGUUCCUUAGUUUCAGGGGUGAAGACACUCGAAAGAAUUUUACUAGCCAUCUGUAUAAAGAGUUGCUUCAAAAAGGAAUCAUCACCUUCAAGGAUAAUAAUGAGCUUCCAAAAGGAGAAUCCGUUCCUCAGUAUCUCCCUAAAGCAAUACAAGACUCAAGAAUCUCAGUCGUCAUUUUCUCAGAAAAUUAUGCUGCUUCGACUUGGUGUUUGAAUGAACUUGUAAAAAUUUUUGAAUGCAAGAAUGCUGGGACGCAAAUUGUUUUGCCUAUUUUCUAUGAUGUGAAUCCGUAUGAAGUGCGACAACAGGAUGGCAAAUUUGGAGAACCCUUCAUCGAGUAUGAAAAAAUUUUCAAAGACAACAUUGAAAAGGUCCAAGAAUGGAGACUUGCAUCAACGGAGGUGGCCAAUCUCGCUGGAUGGCAUCUAGGUGACAGGGAUGAGUCAGAGUUUAUUCAAGAUAUUGUUGAGGACAUACUUCGCCAAUUGAGAAGAACAAGUCAUCAUAGCAUUGCCAAGGAUUUUGUGGGAAUGGAGUCUAGGUUGGAGAAAAUGAAAGGUUAUUUGGAUUUAGAGCAGCUGAGUAAAGUUCGAAUUAUAGGGAUAUGUGGGAUGGGCGGAAUAGGUAAAACAACUAUUGCUAGUGUUGUUUAUAAAGAUAUUCGUUGUCAAUUUGAAGGCAGUUGUUUUCUUGGAAAUGUUAGAGAAUCUUUUGAAAAAUAUGGUAUAGUUUCAUUACAGAAACAACUUCUAUCUGCAACACUGAUGUACGACGGCGUACAAGUAUAUGAUGUUUAUAGAGGAACAGAUGAGAUUCGAGAUAGGUUGUGUUGUAAAAAGAUUUUGGUCAUUCUUGAUGAUGUUGAUCAGCUGGAGCAAUUAGAGUUAUUGAUUGGAAAAAGAGAUGAACAUUGGUUUGGUACAGGAAGUAGAAUCAUCAUAACAACAAGAGAUGUACAUCUAUUGAAGAAAUAUGGAACAGAUGAAAUAUACUUGGUUCAGGGGUUAAGUCAUGGUGAGUCCUUUAAACUCUUUUGUUCAAAAGCAUUCAAGAGUAAUUAUCCCAAGGAGGAAUAUGUGGAGCCUUCAAACGAGUUUGUAAAAUAUUCCAGUGGCCUCCCUUUAGCUCUUGUUGUUUUAGGUUCGUCUUUGUUUGGUAAAGGUGUGAGGGAAUGGAAUAGCACAUUAAGGAGAUUGAAAGAAAUUCCAAAUGAAAAAAUUCUGAGCAAGCUUCAAUUAAGUUAUGAUGGCCUUGACAAAAUAUUACAAGAAAUGUUUCUUGAUAUUGCAUGUUUCUUCAAAGGAAUGGAUGAAGAGUAUGUGGUAAAAGUACUUGAAAGUUGUGGAUUCUUCCCAGAUAGUGGAAUUGGAGAACUCAUUGAUAAAUCUCUCAUAACUGUUUCUGGGUUUGUGGAGAUGCAUGAUUUGGUUCAAGAAAUGGGGAGAGAAAUUGUUCGUAGAGAAUCUAAUGAAAAUCCAGGGCUACAUAGUAGAAUAUGGUUCGACAAGGAUCUCUAUUACAUUCAAGUGAAAAACAUGGAAACAAAACAAGUUAAGGCUAUAGUCCUGCAUUCAUGGAAACUGGAGGAACAUUUGAAUGCUAAAGUCUUUUCAAAAAUGAAAGAGCUAAGAUUGCUCAUACUCCGAGAUGUACCCACCUCUCAGGAAGUUGAGUACCUUUCUAAUGAAUUAAGGUAUUUGGAAUGGCAUGAAUGUCCUUGCAAAACUUUUCCAUCAAAUUUUCAACCAGAUAAACUUGUCGAGCUCCAUAUGCAAUGCAGUAGAAUUGAACAACUAUGGAGGAGAUCAAUAAAACCCAUUAAGUUGUUGAAGAUCAUUGAUCUUAGUUACUCAAAAAAUUUACUCAAGACCCCCAACUUUCAAGAGGUUCCAAAUCUUGAGGAGUUGAAUCUUGAAGGAUGUGAGAGUCUGCGUGAAAUUCACCAAUCUAUCGGAGUUUUGAAAAGGCUUGAGUUCAGUGCAACUGGAUUCGGUAUGCAACAACUGGAAUUAGCUAAACGAUGGGGUUUCCAUCUUCUGUCAUGGUUGUUGCCUUGGACUUGGAAGAAUCCACAUCCUAUAUCUAUAGUGUUUCCUUCUUUGUCAGCUUUACCCUUUUUGAACAACCUAAAUCUAAGUUAUUGCGAUCUUCCUGAAGGAGCAAUCCCUAGUGACCUUACUGGCUUCCCUUUCCUGGAACAUCUCGAUCUAAGCGGAAACAAUUUUGAAAGCUUACCAUCAAGCAUCAGUCAUCUUUCCCAUCUUCGUUCUCUCGAAUUAUCUAAUUGCAAGAGACUUCAGUUAUUGCCAGAUCUUCCAUCCACUAUUAUAACUUUGCGUGUGAAUAAUUGCACUUCUUUGGAAAGUCUUCCAAAUCUACAUGAAAAACACAAUAAUCCGCUGGCUAUUUUGAUGGAAUUCUCAAAUUGCUCCAAAUUAAACGAUUAUCAAGGGAAUAUCAAUGUGGCAUUUACAUGGCUGAAAAGUCACCUUCUUUUUCUGCUAGAAAGCCGUUGGUUGCUUAGUUCGAGACAUGCACGAUAUUGCCCUAAGAAAGGCUAUUUUCUAGAUGAUUCACCUUUGCUCUUCUUCUUAGACAUCUCCAUGCGCUUCCCUGGGAGUGAAAUUCCUAAAUGGUUCAACCAUCAGAGUUUCAAUAGUCCGCUAAGAAUUCGCUUAUCUGCAUGUGAAAAGUGGUGGAACAUUGCAGGCUUUGUUAUUUGUGUUGCGAUUUCUAGCAAAACAGUUUAUCAGGGACCAGAACUUUGUAAAUUUACAAUAUACAAGAAAAGAAAGGAGGUUUGGGAGAGCUACUUUAGCCUUAAAGUCCCUUCAAAUGUGCGUCUUACAUCAGACCAUCUUCACAUCUUCUCUGUUGCCAAUCCCAUUCCUAUAGAUCCUUAUGAAGAAGAAAGUACGGCGGAGGUGGAGCUAACUUUCCGUGAAUAUAUAAUCAAGAGGUGUGGGAUACGCAUUGUACAUUUGAAAGAAAUAAAAGAAUUAAUCCAAACAAAUGAACCUCUCAAUCCUUUUGAAAAUUGUCAAGAGAAUUCUUACAGUGGAGAGGAAGACGAUGAUCCAGUGAGGGGUGAUUUUCUAUGGAAGACAAUACCAAUAGAGAACUGGAGGAUAGAGUAUUGGGGUUCAUAUCUGCAAUUAAUUUAUACUUCAGGGAGGGAGGAUUUUGUAUGGACGUCAAUCAAGAUAGAGAGUUGGGGGAUAGAGUAUUGGGGUUCAUAUGGGAGAAUGGUCACCUUGGAGGGAUCUAUUUGGAAGGAUAGAGACUGGGAGAAGGAAUGGCACAAUCAAGAUAGAGAGUUGGGGGAUAGAGUAUUGGGGUUCAUAUGGGAGAAUGGUCACCUUGGAGGGAUCUAUUUGGAAGGAUAG